AUGUAUUCGAAACCACACUUUGUAAAUGAGCCAUCACCAACAUAUGCAGUAAAUUCCCAAGAGAGAGCCGAGAUCGCAGGAGCUCUCCAAGACCUUAAAUCAAAACUCCCAGUCAGGAUUCCGCUGAAGAUUGGCUCAAAAGAAAUCAUCAAAUCCCAACAAUUGACACAAAUCAACCCCUCUCGCCAUGCAGAAGUCAUUGCAGAGUGGACUCCUGCAGCAGCAUCUGAUGUAAAAAGCGCGAUAUCUUCUGCGUUGGCAGCUAAGUCAUCAUGGGAGAACACGCCAUUUGAGCAGCGAGCAGCAAUUUUUCUUCGUGCUGCUGAGCUGGUGAGCAAAAAGUACAGAUAUGAGCUGAUGGCUGCAGUCAUGAUGGGCCAGGGGAAGAAUAUCUGGCAGGCUGAGAUUGAUGUAGCUGCUGAGACGUGUGACUUGCUUAGGUUCAAUGUUCAAUGUGCGAUGGAGCUAUUUAAGACACAGCCAGCUGUGAACCCAGCUGGAAUGUGGAAUCGGCUAGAAUACCGCCCUCUCGAAGGAUUCGUGUAUUCGAUAUCGCCUUUCAACUUCACAGCACUCGCCGCCACACUGGCAUAUGGUCCACUACUCAUGGGAAACGUAGUCAUCUGGAAGCCUUCCCUCUCAGCUCUCCACAGCUCUUGGCUGCUCCACCAAAUCCUUCUCGAAGCCGGCCUGCCCAAAGAUGUUGUCCAAUUCGUUCCAGGGGACGCCGAAGAAGUCACAUCCGCCGUACUAGAAAGUUCCGAUUUCGCUGCGUUGAACUUCAUCGGUUCGACAAAAGUGUUCCAAUCUCUCAUCGCCAAAAUUGGUGUCGCGACAGGCGAGGAUAUAUUUUUGAACUAUCCGCGCAUUGUCGGUGAGACUGGUGGAAAGAAUUUCCAUCUCAUUCACAAUAGUGCAGAUAUUGAAAAUGCGAUCAAUAGCACUAUUCGAGGUGCUUUCGAGUUCCAGGGACAGAAAUGUUCCGCGACUUCCCGAGUCUAUGUACCGGAAUCUAUCUGGCCUGAGUUCAAGCAGGAACUGAUCGCGAAGACUGCGAGCAUCAAUGUUGGGCCUCCUGAGGAGUUCCAGAAUUUCGUCAAUCCUGUGAUACAUGAACAAGAUUUCGAUAAGCUAGCUUCGUACAUUGAGACUGCGAAGGAUGAUCCCAAGUUGACGCUUCUCGCUGGUGGCAAGACAGACAAGGAUGUUGGCUUUUUCGUUCAUCCCACAAUCUAUCAAACAUCUGACCCACAACACGAGAUUAUGAAUAAAGAGCUGUUUGGACCUUUAUUCGCUGUCUAUGUCUAUCCUGACUCAGAAUGGGCAAACAUCCCGAAACUCAUUGAUACCACGACCAGGUACGCGUUAACUGGAAGUAUAUUUGCUCGAGAUGUUGAGGCGAUCGCUUUUGCCGAGAAGGAGCUGAAACAUUCUGCCGGGAACUUUUACAUUAACUCGAAGAGCUCAGGGGCUGUGAUCGGGCAGCAGCCAUUUGGUGGCAUGAGGGGAAGUGGGACAAAUGACAAGGUUGGAUCGGUCAAUGUGCUGAGUCGGUUUGUAAGUGUCAGGGCUAUCAAGGAGGAUUUUGAAGGGACGAAAGACUUCAAAUAUCCCAGUAACGAGAUUUGA